AUGUCUUCUACCACAACUCAACAACCACGUCUUGACCGUGCCUACUCUACCUCAUCCGCUUCCUCCAGCGACUCCAACGAUGGAUGGCUCAUUCUCAACGGUCAUGGCUCCUCCACAGUCACCACCCCCAACGAAUCAACCGAUGCAUUCAACCCUUACCUUCAGCUCGCUCCAGUCACCCGUGGUGCAUCAACUGUCAACCAAAAAUUCAGAGCUACAGAGAAUGCAGAGGAUAGACAAAGAUUGUUCUUAUUGAGAGCAAGAGACAACUAG